CGAAAAUGGAUUUGUCGGCGCGAUCGAACGAACGCGCGCGGAUCUUAGACAGAUUGGAGCACACGGCCGUACUCAUCAAGCAAAGUGAAGGAGAUCCCGAUGGAUAUCACUCGGCUUACUUCCUUCAGGAGAAAGAUGGCGAUGAUGUGCUGAACAGCACAUACCUGUUCCUCCCAACGUCGACGCAUGAUUCUAUGCAGUUGAGCGACCUUGGGAUUCAAAAGUGUGCACAGAUCUUUCGUCUCUUCGACGACGACCGUGACAGUGUGUGGAGCUUUACCGAGUUCAAGGCGUACGUGACUGUGGUGCGGGGGGUUCUCGCAGAAAGUGACACGUUGAAUGUCGUCCUUCGGCAUGAAGAAGUGUGGAACAUGUACAUGAGCGAUAUGUACGACACUGACACCCAAAGCCACCUCACGCUACGUGGAUUCUGCAUGUAUCGAGAGGCCACCGAGUCGUCCAACAGCCUCGCCAACGACUUGAUUCGCUUGGGCAUGCAUUGGCUGUGGGACGGCUUGCAGCGUCACAUUCAGCUCCAGCGCCUCUUUGACUCGUACGACACUGACAAAGCAGGAAAACUACCGUCGAGCCAACUGCAAUACUUACUUGGCGAAAGCGGCGUUGUCACGACACAGACCCAAGUGGACGCGCUCGUCUAUCACUUGCGUGCGCAUGCUGUAUGCAUGGACGCGAUUCUCCAGCGAAAUCGGGCGAUUCGUCUGUUUGGGUACAAGCAACUGUCUCGCGUCGAUGCCCACGACGAAAGACACAUUUACCGCGAUACGUUUGUGGCGCUCCGACUGUCGUCUUGGGCUCCAUUACCCCAACCGCGGUGGCAGCACGUUGGGCAAAGCACCAAAGUCCAUUCGUAUGGCUGGAUUCGACGUGCAAAGGCGGCAGUCGCCCAGUGCGCAACUUGGAUCCAGCGCGCGGCCCUCACUGGUCUUCUUAAUCUCCCCUACCUGACUGGAAAGUCCGUGCACAACGCGAACGACCGAGGCGACUACAUUGUCAAGGUCGACGUCGGCAAAGACUUUGCAGCCAACGCCGAGCUCCACCUGUCGUACACUUGCGACUGUGACUCCGCGGCGACGCUGCACAAUUUGGGAUAUCGCGAAGACGGCGCCGAGUGCUUUGUUUACAUGGACUUUCUCACCAAGCCAGACAUAACGGACGUCGAGUUGGCCGAUACGGUCACGGCCAUGAAGACACUGUUCGACGUGACCUGGCUCGGCCACUUGAAAAGUUUGCCCUGUUUUCACAAGCUCCUUGUGUUGUCGCCGCCAAAGACCCAAACUCACGGCACAACAAUCGUCCGCGUGGUUGUCCUGCUGACAGAGGCCAUGGACCCGUUCAACUUUUUACUCUACCUCGGCUUUCCGUCGUCGCUUCAAUUCGACCAACUCGUCAGUCGACUGCGCUGGACCGCGCUCUUCAACGUGUCGGCCAACGAAAUCCUUACAAACAAACGAUUCAACCCUGCUAAGCACUUUGCGGUUCGAUCCGUGUUGAACGUGUGCGUGGGCCGGCAGGCGUGCGGGCAAAUCGUUGAGCAAGCAUGUUACCAGGCAAAAUACGAAGCAUCAUCUCGGUAUGUGGAAGACGAAAUCAUCCACCGGGAAUUACAGCAGCACAACGAACAUUUCAUCGCGACUUCUGCCUCGUCCACCGCAUCAACCACCCCGAGCAAAUCCGACCCGCGACUUGCGAUGUCGUGGAAUGAACAAGUCAAGCGAAGUCAGCAGGACGUGGCUCGAAAAUGGCACAUGUGGGCCGACAAACUCGCAAAGUUUUUCAAGUUCUCAAAGACCUUGAGUGUGAACUUGCACGUGGCAUCUGUUGCAAACCUCCUACGUGCUGACUCGGUGCUGCACUCGCUCUUCCAUCCCGACGUUCUGAGCGAGGUACUGCGUGUAUUGUCGACAACAGGGUCCAUCCACUCCAUCUGGGAGGAGUGGACGGCAUCUCUUGAGCAAGAGCUCCACGAACUCGUUGAAGCGACGUCGGUGGAUGCCCCACCGACCGCCACGACUUGGCGACGGCAGGACCAUGCUCUGCACAAAUCCAUGCUGCACGUGUACGACGUGCUCACCUCCAACGUCCUUGGGCUCAACCUCGUCAAAGGCGAAGCUGGCACGAUCGGCUUUUCUCUGCUCGUGGAAGGUUUCAAUAUUUUCCCACUUUUACCCAAGGUUCCUCCACGCUCCUCGGUAUCGUAAUGUAUUUGUUGCCGCAA